UGAGUUGCAUUCCAAGGUGUACUCUUAUCUGUCAUCAUCAUCACCUUCCUCAAUCCUCACACAAAAAAAGGAUUCAUUCGCAUUCCAUUCUUCCUCUAAUUUGUGUCUCUGUUUGUGUUGCAGACACCAAAGCCAAACAGAAACAUAUUCACAACGCUUUUUCUCUUUUCCCCACGCUUUAUAACUCUAUUCCCCACACUUUUUUCUUCUAAGCUUCUCCCUAAUUCGCCGAUCGAUCAUCUUGCCUCCAAGUGGUUCCUCCAAAUUAAGAUAUCUUGGCAUUUGGAUUGAUUAGCUGAAGUUGGAAAUGGUUAAAAGUUAUGGAGUAUUUUGAUUUACAACUUGGAAAGAUAUCAUGUUGCAGUGCAUAGAGGGAUUGAGGCAUCUAUUUGCUCCUCUUUUACGGUGUUGUGACCUUGAUAUAUAUAAACAGUCAAGAGGCCUUGAAGAUCCUGAACUCCUUGCAAGGGAGACAGUGUUUAGCGUAAGUGAAAUCGAAGCACUUUAUGAGCUGUUUAAGAAGAUCAGCAGUGCCGUGAUUGAUGAUGGGCUGAUUAACAAGGAAGAGUUCCAAUUGGCAUUAUUCAAGACAAAUAAAAAAGAGAGUUUAUUUGCUGAUCGGGUAUUUGAUUUGUUUGACACAAAGCACAAUGGGAUACUUGGUUUCGAAGAGUUUGCUCGUGCUCUCUCAGUUUUCCAUCCAAAUGCCCCUAUCGAUGAUAAGAUUGAAUUUUCCUUUCAAUUGUAUGAUCUCAAGCAGCAGGGUUUUAUUGAAAGGCAAGAGGUGAAGCAAAUGGUAGUUGCUACACUUGCCGAAUCUGGCAUGAACCUAUCGGAUGAUGUUAUAGAAAGUAUAAUCGACAAGACUUUUGAGGAAGCUGACACAAAGCAUGACGGCAAGAUCGACAAAGAGGAGUGGAGAAACCUCGUUUUGCGCCAUCCAUCGCUUCUGAAAAACAUGACCCUUCAAUAUCUCAAGGAUAUCACCACAACAUUCCCAAGCUUUGUGUUCCAUUCACAAGUAGAUGAUACCUGAGUCUUCAAAGCAAAAAGCAUUCAUCAUCACAUGGACACUUUCUGUCUUUCUCCCACGGUUUCUCACCUCUUGUGUAAAAAAUGGACAUGUCAGAGAGAUUUGCUUCAUUAUUAUGCCUUUGAAGAAGAUAAUUUUGUUUUGUUGAUUCUAUUCAGUUGUUUUUUGUAUUUUGGUGAUGUUAAACUCUCAAAUUUGAUUUAUUUAUUUAUUGCUUGAAAUUUC